AUGACUCCAGCCAUAAACAUGUUGUCCAACGCAUUCACAGCUUUCAAACCCUCUCCCAUCGAGACUCGCCUUGUCGAGACAACUCUUCCAGUCAUUCAAGCAUCACCUAUAGUAGAAUUCGUGACCCAAGCAAAUGCCCACCAAAGCCGAGAGGCACUCGUCGACCGCAUUUCAGAGAUCAUAGCCUCAUAUCGCAUCCGCGGAUCCGAUGACCGCUAUGAAGAGGUAUAUAAGCCCCGACUUCUGGAGAAGUUGCGGUGUUUUAUCUCAAAUAACGAGGAAAUCAACUUUGUGAUACCCGCAUACCCAUUCAAAAGCCCAAACCACGAAGAAAAAGUUCUAGGGCCGAACCCAGACGUUGGCGAGCGCUUAUCUCUCGAACAUCUGAACUCGCUCGGUGCCAGAAUCACUCAGAUCUAUCCAACAGGUGCCCAGAUCACUAUCGUCAGUGAUGGCUGCUGUUACAAUGACCUGCUCGGUGUAUCUAACGAGGAAACAUACCGGUACACCGAGGGUCUGCAAAGAAUCGUGGACAGACUGUGCCUACGCCAUAUCCGCUUCGCAGAUAUAUUCGAACUUGUCGAUGGUGCACUGAGCGUGCCCGUUAGCGAGAAAGAAUACGUUUCCCACAUCGAUGUUCUGAAAGCCCGUCUGUUCAAAAAUUGUUCCGGAGAGAAGCCCCGAGAGAUGGAUAACAAUGCUACUCUCACGUAUCGUGGAUAUAUCAAGUUUUUGAUGUCUGAUUUGGCAGUUUUCUACCGGGAGAAGAAGAUGAGCAAGAGCGCUAUCAAAAAGCACUCUGCGGUGGUAGCACGUGCCAUGAUCGAGCGUGGCCAUGUUUUCUCAGCCCUCGUCGCGACUGCAUCUGCCCCGCAUGUUCGUCUUUCCAUUCACGCGAGUGACAACACGAACAAGCUCUCCGUGGCUUUACUGCCUCACGAGCAAUAUAGUAGCUUCCCGGUGACACCGUGGCACAACACCCCCUGUCUAGGGGCAGAACAGUCGUCUGUUAGUCUGGGACGUAAGCCCAGUAUGGCUACCGAUGGAGCAACCUAUCGAAUCUGCCAGGAUGAUCUGGGACUACAGUUCCUAUGCGCCGAUGUCCCCAUGUACAGCGUGCUCGAAAAUAACAACCAGCCUGAGCUGCAUCCGCUUUAUCCAUUUGGGCUGAAGGUUCGUGUCCCACGCAACCUGCCAAUGACAAGAAUGCGGCUGGACAGGGUUGCCGAGCUAGCUCAGGUCCAGACCCCAAUUCUGUUCGAAGGCUUAGACUCCAUGCAUUAUACCGCCAAAACUGGCGAGGAGUUCCAGCGUAUAGCUGGGCGUGGAUUGUCGCUGAGCCUUCUGCAUGAAGGGGUUGCUUCAGUCUCGGCUGUCGCGUCUUAUUUCGUGCAGAUUCCUGCUGAGAGGGAGGAUGAUGAUGCUCUUGUGCCGUUUGUUGAGGCAGCAGCUGCAUUAGACGAUCUUCGUCUUCGUGUUUUGCACCGCUGGCAGGCCGGUGAUGUUAUGGUUUGUGAUCAUCGUAGUGUUCUUCCUGUUCAUCUGAGUCCCUCUUUCUUGAGGGUUCUCCGUGGCAACUGA